CGCGACAAUUGUAUUUAAUUUAUCUCAGUCGACAAUCGGCACAGGUCACAAGCUGGCGUACAUUAAGAGCAACAUGCACGUCUUUCGGAGGCUCAUUGUGGUGUUGGUCCUGACCACGGUGGGAUUACCGUUGUUCGCAGUUAAGAUCGAAGCCACCGGUCGGACGACAAAUCUGGAAGACCUCAUUUCGGGACGACAGUCGCAGCUUUCGUCGCCGUUCGGGAAUGACACAACAGUACGUUCGGAUCCAGUGGAACCGGAAGUGGUGUCCGCCAAAAUAGUGAAACGUGAUACCGCUAAUGGCUACUCGAGUACAACGUUUUGGGGUUGGUUGACUGGUCGAAACAACCCUGAUCCGUGCAUGAUGGCCUCGGUGGGCGGUGUCGUCGGUGGAGGCGCUUUGACGGGAGCUUUCGUAGGGGCCGGAAUUGGCAGUAUAUUCACCGGACCUGGCACUGUCAUCGGAGCUGUUGUCGGUGGAGUGGCAGGGCUGUUCGGAGGAGUCAGCAUCGGUCACCGGGCUGGUGCUGCCGUGUGUGAUACAUCUUGUGGUGAUCUAGAUCAAAGAGUGCAAUGCUAUAGUUAGUAAUAAAGAGUGAUAUU